AUGGACAAGGGUCACCCAGGGUACUCCAAGUACAUGAUCGACGCUAAGCUCCAGGAGCAGGGGUUCUUUGCUUCCCAGCACUGCGCCAACUGCGGCCAUGAGCUCCACCACAAGCCGAAGGACAUGGUUGGGUUUCCUGCCGGUGUCAAGUUCGAUCCGACGGACCAGGAGCUGAUUGAGCACCUUGAGUCCAAGGUGAUGAAGAGAGCUCACUCCCUCAUCGAUGACUUCAUACCCACCAUUGAGGGAGAAGAUGGCAUUUGCUACACCCAUCCAGAGAAACUCCCAGGUGUGACCAGAAAUGGCCAGAGCAAACACUUUUUCCACAGACCAUCAAAGGCCUACACCACAGGCACGAGGAAGAGGAGAAAGAUCCACGCAGAGACUGAGUUAUCCAACAGUAAAAAUGGUGCCGAGACGCGGUGGCACAAGACUGGCAAGACACGGCCGCUGAUGGUGGGCGGACAGCACAAGGGGUGCAAGAAGAUCCUAGUCUUGUACAUCAACUUCGGCAAGACACGAAAAGCAGAGAAGACUAAUUGGGUGAUGCACCAGUACCACCUCGGCGACCUAGAGGACGAGAAGGAAGGGGAGUUGAUUGUAUCAAAGGUCUUCUAUCAGACACAGCCACGGCAGACUGCCGCUGCCACGACAUCGACAGUAUUGCGUGAGCCUUCAACUAACGGCAAUAUGGAGGUAAAGAUGCCAAAGUCAAUGAAGAUUGGGCUCACUGAUCAUGCGGUUGCCGCUGCGGCUGCCAUCCAGAUGCAGCGACAGCAGCAGCAAUUGCUGAAGCAAGGUGAUGAGAUGAAAAAGGGAAAGGAGGGGCAGGACCAGCUGCAGCAGAAAUUUGACCACAGGCCUGCUGGCUUGGAAGGACUAAUAAUGGCCUGCAAAUCAGCAAGUACAAAAGAAGUUAGUUUUCUGAUCAAAGAACCGAGAACUGUAUGUGAAUCAGAGGUCCAAGACGGGGUAGAGGAUAGUGAGACACGGACGAAACUUAGGGGAAGCCCUUGGUGUUGCAAAGCAAAGAUGAGGAAAAGUUGUAUUCUCGUGCUGAGUUCAGCUUUCUGGAGUGGGCGGCGGCGGCGCCUACAUCGUAACCUCCUUGGAGGCGUCGCUUUGGAGGUUCAUCUUUUGGCUGUUGUGUGGAGUUCUCCCACCGUCAUGGGUGGCCGACGGGCCAUGUGCUUCUUUCUGAUCCGUCCUUCAAGAUCACUUAGUGUCUACGGACCCACGGCCGCCAACAGGAAGGACGACUUCUUCAACGAGUUGAUCGCGCAAAAGCCUCCUAGUGAACUAAAUGGAUCGCCAUGGAUGACUUCAACCAAAUUUACUGAGCUCGCGAUAAGAACAAACGAAGUUGUUAACCGCACCCGCAUCAACCGCUUCUGGGCUACCCUUACUCCUGCGAACUCAAAGAGAUUUUUUUAG